GCGAGGUAAUCAGAGUCCUAGUCCGAGUUUGUGAAUUUUUACAAUAGAUAUAUUGUAACUAGUUCUUACUCCUAAGCUUGCUCGACUAUGAAGCUUCUACUAGGGCUCUUCCUUGCUUUAUUUAUCUGUUCAACUGUAGUUUUAGCGAAACCAAACGACAAGGAAGGUCGGGUACAUGAUGGAAAGCUGUCAGAUAAAGAGCAUUUUUCUUCGUCAACUGGAAAACACAAUCAAGAGYACGACCACGAUGCUUUCCUAGGAUCAGAAAAGAAGACAUUCGACAAACUUACUCCUAAGGAAUCGAAAAGAAGACUUGGCUUGAUUGUAGAACGCAUCGAUAAAAAUAAAGAUGGCAAAGUUUCCAGGGAUGAAUUGGUCGAAUGGAUCCGCUUUGCUGGCAAGAGAUGGCUCUACGAUGACAACGAUCGUUUGUGGAACCAUCUGAAGAAGCGAGAAACAUACAUGUUGAAGUAUUUGGGGGACAAGAUGAACCCAGACGCACAGGCUGACCCAGAGGCACCAAUCGGCUGGGAGGUGUGGAAGAUGGAUGUAUUUGGUGAAGAAGUAACAGCGGAUGAAGAAGAAAGGUUUUACCACGACAAAAAGCUCUGGGAAGCCGCCGAUGUCGACAAAGACGAAAAGAUCUCAAAAGACGAGUUUGGAGCUGUAAUCCACCCACAUCAGUUUGCACACAUGAAGCACCUUGUACUUGAAGACACUAUGAAACAACUGGAUACUGAUAAAGAUGGAUAUGUGUCCCUGGAUGAGUACAUUGGUAAGGGAUUCUCGAUGUCGUUUUUUGCCGACAUUCUCAAGCACAAUCGAGUCAAAGAUGGCAAAGAUAAAGAAGAGCUCAUUAAAUCCGAGCGAAAAAACUUCGUGAACGACCGCGACAAGGACAAAGAUGGCCGUCUUAAGAAGGAAGAAGUAGCUGAAUAUAUUUUUCCUUCCUAUGAUCAUUCAACUGCAGAAGCUGAACAUCUUAUAAGCCAUGCAGACAAGAACAAGGUACGAAUGAUUUUUCAAGCUAGGCUGCCGAGAGCACGUUUUCACUCAGUCCCUAGAGAGUAA